AUGUCCGACUUCGGCCUUUUGCGAUCCCCUCUGACGCCUUCCAACGCCUCGAUCAACCGCGCCAGCUCGCCCUCUGGACAUCGUCCUAUCACUAUGAACCCACACAGCCGCUACUCGCUCGGCAAGGGCGCCUCCACGGAGCACAUGAUGCGUCUCGCCCAACACGGCAACGCUGGUCAUGACGGCGCUCUCCGUAGCCCCUCCAUAGGCGGCAAUGCUCCCAUGCCCGGCUCGGCUGGGCCGCGCAAUCUGCGUCCCAGCUCGGAAAUGCUUCCCAACAUGAACCACCACGGCACCCCCGAGUCCGAAGCCAUUGACCGUUGGUUCGAGGACCUGCAGCACUACGAAGCUACGCUCGAAGAGAUGGCCGCCGCCUCGCUCGACCAAAAUUUCAAGGAAGAGCUCAGCGCCAUCGAACAGUGGUUCCGUGUGCUGUCCGAGGCCGAACGCACCGCUGCUCUGUACAGCUUGCUCCAAGAGUCCACACAGGUCCAAAUCCGCUUUUUCAUCACCGUGCUUCAACAGAUGGCACGCAGCGAUCCCGUCUCGGCCUUGCUUUCGCCCAGCCACCACAAUAGCACCAUGGCGGAUCAAAUGGAGGCCAAGCUCGCCAGCCUUGGCCUCAAGUCCCCCUCGGCCCUGAAAUCCCCCGCUUCGCCUGGCAAUCGUGGUUAUCGCCAGUCUUCGGACGCCGCCGGAUUUCUGUCGCCCAACGUGGCUGCCAUGUACAGCCCUGGCAACACGGAUGCUGCUUCCACUCUUGCUGCUCAGAGGGCCAAGCUGAAAGCCAACCGCACUUCCGCGCCCGGCACGCUGAUCGGUGAGAGCCGCAACUACUCGGGCGGGCAGCUGGACCAGGUGCAAGAGCGCGGUGGCUCGCCCAACCUGCAGCAGCAGCGCACACUCUCUGGGGACCACUCGCGACCCAAGUCGACCGAUUUCAGCAACAACAACGUCGGCCGCUCCCCUCGAGCCAGCGGACCGCUUGACGACCAGCUGUCGCCCAUCAGCGCUACGGGCAACUGGUCGAGCAUGGUUAACACGCCUCUGGUGCCCAUGUUUACCGACAAUGACAAGGCUGGCACCGGUGAGGCUAACGUAAAUCUCGACACUGCCGCCGCUCAAUUGGCUAGCCUGCAGCAGCAGCAACAGGUCGGCGGCAACGGCCGCGUGAUGGUGGACCCGGAUGUGCCGCGAUUCCGACGCAAGAGCAACCAGAACAUCGGCGGAGGCGGCAGCAGCUACGGCCAAGGACCCAACCUGUACGACCACACCAGCCCGGGCGUCUCGCCCAACAUUGGCGUUCCGUCUGGCUGGGGUCAGAGCGACAACUUUGGACGCGGUGGCCUGAAUACCGGCUUGUCUGCUUUCGGCGGCAACAACGACAGCAACAGCAACCAGUUCAACAUUCCUCCAAUGAGCCCCAACGCGCUCGCAGGUCUGCAAAGUCCCUCAGGCGGACUAGCCAACCCGCUCAACAUGCAAGUGAUGAACAUGAUGGCAGCCAUGGGCGGACUCAAUUUGAACAACAUGAAUGGCGCGCAGCUCCUCGCCAUGCAACAACAACUGUUGCAGAACCAGCAGGCGCUCUCGAUGCUCGCUCAGCAGCAGCAGUUGCAACAGCAGCAGCCACAUGGCCGCAACCUUGGCAAUUUCGGCGGCGGAGGCUUGUCGCCCGGUUUGGCGGGCCAGGCGGGUCGCAAGAGCCCGCGCAGCGGCACAUCGCCCUCGGUCCGAGCGGCUGCUCUACCCGGCGCAGCUGGCGGCGCUGGCAGUGGUGGUGCUGGAGCCAGCAACGCGGCUGGAGGUGAGGAAGAAGUUGCGGAUCUGUCUACGCUGGAAGACGUGCCUGCAUGGCUGCGCCAGCUGCGUCUGCACAAAUAUACGCCCAACUUUGAGACGAGCCACUGGAAGGAGAUGGUGAUGAUGGGUGAUAAACAGCUCGAGGACAAGGGUGUGGCUGCGUUGGGCGCACGACGCAAGAUGCUCAAGACGUUUGAGCUGGUACGCAAAAAGUACGGCAUCAGGAUGGACGGCGAGGAUAGGCCAGGAUCGGGUGUGCCCGACGGUAACAACGACAAAGCAGCGGACGUCGAUGAUGCGGGAGACAGCAACGAGGCUCAGGAGGUGGAUCGCGAGCUUGGCGGUGCUGCCACGGCUGCUUCAGCCCCGGUCGCAAAGGAUUAA